CUACAACGAACGAUCGGUUUCCUGCGAAGACUGUCGCCGAUUUCGCCGACGUGCUCGGCGGAUUGCGUGAUUCUCGAGAAGUUCCAGCAUACUCUGUUCGGAGUCGGCGAGGAAUUGAAAGGCGUCUACGCGAACGAAGGCGUGGAGCCGAUGAGUGCCUCGAAUUCCUUUAGUGCUCCUAGUAGCUGAUCUCCAACGGUUCUGCGACAAGUUCUCGUGACGAAGAUGCUGUCCUCCGUCAUCCCCUGUUGCAAAGCUAUCCGGCCCUGCGCAAUACCGAAUUAUGGCCGAGCCAGGAAACCUCGACAUGUCAGCAUCAGCAUGUCUGGAUGAGAUGGCGGAGUCCACGCUCCGAAAGUCGAAGGACAAAUCUGCACCGGCGCAUUCCAGGAUCAUUGCACGAGGUGUCGCCGAUGAAUGUACCUCAUCGGCCAAAGACUACAACUCUGGACGCGCUCCGAUCCACUUAUGAGACAGGUCAUAUAUUGGCCACCACACACAUCUCACCUGCGAUGCAGCGCCGGCAAUCGCGGCUUUUUCUAUGACGUUUUGCAUUAUUGACGGCGUUUCAACAACCAGGGCGGCAUUAUCAGAUGUCGAACCAUUUAUGGGUAUGUGGUCAACAUCUAUGGGAGGCUAGCGCUGUAAUCUUUCAUUCACUUUUUCUCUUGUUGUAAAGCAUCGAUUUCACUCGCAAAGCGAUAUACCAGGCUCUCUAUAUGCCAUUGCGCCGGGCGGCUUGGGUUCUGUUUUACCAAGCCUGGUCCGACAGGAGGGACCAUGGAUUGGGGAGAAGGGAGAGGAUUCUUUGACGUUUUUGUUGUUGCAAACGAAGGAACCCGAUCCUCACGAAGGGAAACGGCCGCGCAACAAUGUGGAUUGUACAGUAUUAAGGACGAGCUUUUAGCAAUGGUAACCAGACAGGCGAGAAUGUAGUGCGCAGUAUCUGAGACGUGACUCUUCC